AUGAGGUUAAUGAUAACACCCGUUUGCAGGGUCAUCUCCGCGUUCCAGAAUACUCCUCGUCCUUUUCGUCAAAUUUGCAAGGUUAGAUAUCUCUGCAGGAUGUCUGCAACCGACUCAACUACUAAAGUGUUUGUCACUCGCUACGUCCCUCCCGUGGGGGUGGAGGUGUUGUCGCAACAUUGCCAGGUCGACCAAUGGGACACCCAAGACCCUAUCCCUCGGGCUGAGCUCCUGAAGCGCGUGCAGGGUGUUGACGCGCUGUACUGUUUACUUACAGAACGUAUAGACAAGGAGGUACUAGACGCUGCAGGUCCCCAGCUAAAGGUCGUUUCCACCAUGUCGGUGGGAUAUGACCAUGUGGAUGUAGCAGAAUGUCAAAAGAGGAACAUAAGAGUUGGAUUUACACCAGAUGUACUGACCAAUGCAACUGCUGAGUUGACCAUGUCUCUUCUCUUGACCACAUCACGGAGGCUGUAUGAAGGAAUAAAAGCAGUGCGUGAGGGUAAAUGGGGAACAUGGAAUCCGGUGUGGCUAUGUGGACAAGGACUAGAUGGUGCCACGGUAGGGAUAUUGGGACUAGGAAGGAUUGGCUUUGCUGUUGGACAGAGAUUGAGGCCAUUUGGAAUCGGAAGGUUGUUGUACACAGACUCUGAAGCCAAGUCGUACGAUUCAGACGUGGGAGCCGAACGUGUCGACUUUGACACUUUAUGUAGACAGUCUGACUUCAUACUAGGUUGUUGUGCAUUGACAGAGGAAAAUAAAGGCAUAUUUAACAAGGAUGCCUACAGUAAGAUGAAGAAGACAGCCAUUUUGAUAAACACCAGUCGCGGUGGACUGGUGAAUCAGGAAGAUUUAUAUGUGGCUUUGAGCACUGGUCAGAUAUUGGCUGCUGGACUCGAUGUUACUGUCCCAGAGCCUCUUCCACUGGACAACCCGCUUAUGAAACUGGACAACUGUAUUGUACUACCACAUAUAGGUAGUGCCACCGAAAAGUCCAGGGCAGCUAUGUCGGAGCUUGCUGGCCAGAAUAUUGUGGCCGCUCUGAAGGGUGAAAAAAUGCCACGUGAGGUACCCUACGAGAGUCUUAACUUCUGAGGUUUCCUGGGAUGUAUAGAUAAAAAAAAAACAUGAUUUUCCAUUAUGUUAAUUAGAUUUUAUUAUCAGAGACUUAAAUAUUUCUGUUUAAGUCCCUGUUAUUAUGUAGAUUAUCUUUCAAACUUUGUUUUGACCAAUGAGUGUUCAGAUAAAGAAAUUAAUUUCAGCAUUAAUACCAAAAUUUAGAAUUCCUUUAUUAUUGACAAAUUGGUAAAAAUGUGCAAUCAAUAGUUACACUGCAGCCAAAGAUUCUCCGUUCCUUAAGUUGUAAUUCCCUAUUCCAGGGCAACUUGUUAGAAGUAGUGUUUAGACUUGAUGUAUUUUCUUAAACUACAAAUUCAACAUACUGUAUAAAUAUUAAAUAUCAGGGAUGUUGCAAUAAUCAGAGUAAAUAUGUUUUAUUGUUGAUAUUAUUGUGUUCAUUUAAACUGAUACC